GAGAGAGAGAGACAGAGCGAGAGAGGAACUCACCAAACAGCCAAUCAGAGGAGGCCCGAAAUCUUAACAGGACUUUUUCCACUGGACUGGAUUGUCACAAGUUUUUGUUCGACUUUGUGGCCCCCGGGUGGUGCACAGCUGGAAACACUUUGUCAGUAUUCAAGCAGGACGGCAUGGCCAUUGUAUGUGUUAGGCAAUAUAUGGAGGCUCGGAAGACUAAGGGGACACAACCAACCUGAAGCCCCCGCCCGAGUCCCUGUCAGCUGAAUCCAGGGAUAGUCUCUCUCUCUCUCUAUCUCUCUCUGCCUCUCUUUCUCUUUCUCUCUCUCCCUCGCUAUGAGCUGCCUGGAUGUGAUGUACCACCAAAGCUAUGGAGCACACUUCCUCCCAGCAGAAGCCUACAAGUCCACAUACUGCAACCACCAUUACCAGCAACAGCAACAACAGAGGAAGCUGAGUGCUCACAGUAAGAUGCACAACUGCUCAGGCCAGCAGCAAAGUGGAGGGCGAGCAAUACAAUCCAGAGAUCCGUGUCUUCGUCCGGCUCGCGGGAGCGAAUCUGGAAUUGUAUCGUUACAGGACUUGGAGGUCAAAGACGGAACUCAACCGGCAGGAGCGGAGUACUUAAACUCCCGUUGUAUAUUGUUCACUUACUUCCAAGGGGACAUCAGCGACGUGGUGGAUGAACAUUUCUCACGGGCCCUCAGUCAGUCCGCCGGCCUUGAUCGGGAGACAAAGCCGAGCCGGAUGACUCAGACAACUGUCUCAAACUCUGCCGGAUCAUGGAAAGAUGGCGAGUCUCUCCCGGAAGGUCAGAACAGUCCAGUUUGGAGCAGUACCUAUCCAUCCCAUUCGGCCACCUGCCUCCCUUCUGUCUCCGUGUCAGUCCACCCAGAAUUCUCCCCAAGUCCCAUUUCCCUCAACCACACCGAUGGAGGCCUGUGGGCCGGUCACAUGCUCUCCCAGGCCGGCCUCCAACCGCUGGCUGGCCUCACGGACAGCUGGACCUACAGCCUUAACUCCCAGAGCGCGAGCGGCUACCCCAACGUUCACGACGUCUACCAUCCUCACCCCCACGCGCACAUCCAUACUCGGCAUCACCACCACCGACCGAUGUUCCAUUCGUAUCCAAGCCACGGCGCAGCACUGGAGUCGAGGUUCAGUCCUCUUCUGUUGCCCGGUGUGAGGAACCAGAGCCAGUCGGCGGCCAGUUCCCCGCUCAGCGAGACCGCAAAGACGGAAAUGGACCCCGGUAGCUGCAGCCCAGUCACGGCUUCAUCCGUACCCUGGAUCCCUUCGCCGCUCCACGGAUCCUUGGAGUUGUACGAUUCAGCUCACGAGCAGAGCAAAGCCAAGUCAUCGGUUUGGUUCUAAAAUGCCGACGCGCACGGGCGGAGGACUCGGCUUACGCUCGGCGGCGCCGUCAACGUAUGACUGCGACGCUGGUACUGCAACGUGCAAUAUGGAUGGACGCUUUCGACGACUGCUCCUGCCUUGUGGACAUCAUUUAGGAUGGAGAUGUGACGUGAUGUAGCAGAAAAAGAGUGCAUCUUCUCUUCUUCUUUCAUGAUUCACCUACAAAAAAAAAUACAACAACAAAGAAACGUUUCAUUUUGAAGUUUUGAAGCAGUUCUGUUUCAAGAACCGCUGAUU